AAUAAUGUCACUUCACCGUUUAAAUAAACAAAAUGUGUUUGUAGCAACAUGAAAGCGGCAUGUAUCAUACUGACUAUUAUCAUAUUCGUGGCCAUAAUGGCCGUGUGCGUGAUGGUCAAGUUCGCGACUGACAUCACCGUUGAGGAGAGGAAGCGAGACUACUUCUCCGGUGCCGGCGUCUACAAGGUGGCCAAGUCCAUCGCCGUGAUAUCACUGAACGAGAACAACAGCAUCGCAAUAGCAGAGCGCUUCCCGUACGUCGCCGCGAUCGCAAGAAAUACUUCAUCUUCCUGGUCCUUCACGUGCUUCGCCAGCGUCGUGCUCGUCAAAUGGAUCGUCACAUCAGCGCACUGCAGAAAGAAAGGUGCAACACAUCGCGUGCUGCUACUCCAGGACUUUGCUCGAAACGUAAGCAAGUCCUACCCCAUCCUGUACUGGCGAAUUCACGAAAAAUUUAACAGUAGCAACACGUUACCCAUUUACGACAUUGCCGUUGCCAAGUUUAACUCUGAAGAGCCUCUAAGCCUGCGCUCUUCAACCUUUGAUGUGAGUCCAGCUUUUAAAUUGGAGGCUAGCGUUUGGAAGACUGUAUCCACAAUGGACAGAAGGGUUUAUUUGAUUAAUGAUUUCGAUAAAUACGCCAUGAAGUUGGCGGACCCUAUUCGCUGCUACGAGGCUAUGGGGCUGCUGACUGAUGAUAGCCUCAUCUGCGUAGACCUAUCAGAUCAUGAGGACUGCUUCAUCCACGAGUUCGGGCCGCUGUAUCAGGCUGAUAAAUUGGUGGGAGUGCUAGCGGUGCAGCCCAGAGACUGUGAUGUAAAGUAUGCGGUAUUUACAAAUGUUUCCCAUUAUGUUUCCUGGAUCUUGAAAUUGACACAAACUUCGUUUUAUGGCUAAUAUAUUGAAGGUAUAUCUUGAA